GUUUUCCGCUUGCCUCCAAUAAUCCAAGGAAGCCCAAGAGGGAGCAACAGGGGACGCGACGAGAUGUAAGAAAAACGAAGAGAGAGAGAAGGAUUUCAGGGUAGAUUACAUUCAGGAAAACAUUGAUUUAGAGAGAAUUCUCCGUUCUGAAGAAUGGCGCUGAGUUGUGGAGCCAAGUGCGCUAAAGGUGUACUCAUAGCAUUCAACCUCAUAUUCUGGCUCUCGGGAUGUGCCCUGAUCGCCUUCGGCAUCUUCAUCCUCAUCGAGGAGGAGAAGUCGACUCUAUUCCGCCUCUUCCAGGCAGACGAGCAGUAUGCGCACAUCCAGUACUUGGCCUUCGCCUUCAUCGCCAUCGGAGGACUCGUCUUCAUCGUCGGAUUCUUCGGAUGCUGCGGAGCCAUGCAGGAGAACAAGUGCAUGCUCGUCGCGUAUUUCAUAUUCCUUUUCAUAAUUCUUGGGUCUGAACUUGCCGUUGGUGUUCUUGCAAUUAUCUUCCAAGACAAAGGUGUGUCAGAAAUGGAAGGCAAAUUAAAGGAUACGCUGAAAACGAAAUACGGCGUCGACCAACCUAUUACCCAAGCUUUUGACCUCGCCCAAACAAAGUUUCAAUGCUGUGGCAUCCGUGAUCCUACAGAUUAUGAGGAUAGCGCCUGGAAGCGGGGGAGCGGCGCGGGGCGCAACGUGAGCCCCUCGUGCUGUGUGCUUAGGAAUGCGGGUCAACCGGGGGCCUAUCUAAACCCCCAGCCCCUCAAUGAGAGCAUGUGUCAGAGGGACGACGGCUCCAAUGCUCGUUUCAGACACCAAAGCGGAUGCAAAUACAAACUCGAAGAGUUUUUGAAGGAACAAAGCAUGCUCUUUAUCGCCAUUGGAUGUGGAAUAGCAGCAUUAGAGAUAUUCGGCAUGAUCUUCUCCAUUUGUCUCUGUAAAGAAAUAUGAGAGAUAUAAGUCCGGGCAGUCCAUUCCUUCGAACUCCUAGAUCUCCAGUCAAACUGCUCAUUCCCUCUUUUUUUGCAACAGCAAC